CCAACACCAAAGUCUCUUCAAAUAGCGGCGACUCUUCAGGUACCGAAAACACUCGUGGGUUUUCCUCAAUUAUAGUGACCCGUCCGUCAGAUUUUUUUUUUAAAACGCAAUGACUUAAGAUCACGCAGUUGGAGAAGCUGUGGCUGUGAGGAAUGCCCUUAACAAAUCCUUGUCAUGGCCCCUGGGAUUGUCUGCUCACCUUUCUUCACCUGGUGCCUACUUUUCGCUACCCUCUGCUUUCCCAGUUCAGUGUCCCAGUCCCAGAAAGACACCACCAAUGGGCCUGAGUCACUGCCCACGGUCACUGGUGCUGCCUCCACCUCUGAAUAUUCAUACCCAGAUUACAGGGGCAAAGGUUGCGUGGAUGAGAAUGGUUUUGUGUAUGAAGUCGGAGAGGAGUUCACACCAGGUCCAGCCGCCUGCCCAUGUGUUUGCACUGAAGACGGUCCAUUGUGUGUCAAACCUGAGUGUCCUAGUCUGCAUCCUCGUUGUAUCCGAGUGGACACCAGCCGGUGCUGCCCUGAGUGCAAGGAAAUGAAGAAUUACUGUGAAUUUCGGGAAAAGAAGUAUAAACAAUUGGAGGAAUUUAUGGUUUCUGCCUGCGAAAAGUGCCGCUGUGAGCCCAAUGGAGAAGUGCACUGUUCCCUAGCGGAAUGCGCUCAGGUUGAAUGUGUGGAUCCAGUAUAUGAACCUGAUCAGUGCUGCCCUAUCUGCAAAGAUGAAUUCCAUUUAUCAGAUGAAAGGACUAUCAAUCUAGAAUGUACAGCAGGACCCAAUUGUUUUGCAGGAGUUACUGUUAUCCCAGCUGGCCGAGAGGUGAAGAUUGAUGAAUGCACAACUUGCCAUUGCUCCUACGAAGAUGGCACUUGGAGAGUUGACCACCAGGCAACUUGCAUCAAGAAUGACUGCAAGGAAAUCUAGACAAAAGAUUGUUUGGAAAAAGAAAAAAAAAUAAAUUUUUUGCUAUAUUGAAUAUAAAAUGAGACUGAAGAAAGCUGUUUUUGUACAUGCUGUAUUGCAUACCAUACUUAUAUUUAAUUAAUCAUAUUAUUUGUACUAAUUCUGAGCAAUAAAAAGUGACUAGUAUAUUUCAAGCAU